AUGUCUGAAAACUACGACCAGGACAAGUUGGCCCAGGACCUCCAGAACUCCUCCAUUGGCGGAAACGACCAGCAGCAACUGAACCAGUACAAGCCUGGUAAUGCCCAGGCUUUUGUUCCACAAGGGGGCUACCAACAGUUCGACCAGUAUCAACAGCAACAGAACUACUACAACCAACAGCAGAACUACAACCAAGGAUACAACCAGCGCGGAGGAUACCAGAAUACUCGUGGCGGCUACAACAACUAUAACAAUCGUGGGGGAUACCAGAACUACAACAACUAUAACAACAGUAGAGGAGGGUACCAAGGCUACAACGCCAACAACUAUAACAAUAACAGAGGCUAUAACCAGUACGACAAUGUCGAUGUUGACGCUUCUGGUGCUCCUGCAGCCCAGGGGAUGUCUUUGGCAGAUUUCCAGAAACAGAAGGAUGCCCAAGCAUCUUCAUUGAACAAGCCAGCUGUUAAGAAGACGCUCAAGUUAGCUCCUUCUAGCGGAAUCAAAUUGGGCAAUGCCACCAUCAAGGUUGGAGCCAAGAAGGAUGAUGUUUCUAAGGAAUCCUCACCAGCCCCAACUUCUUCUGCUACCACUGCUUCAUCUGCUUCUAAGGAAUCGACUCCAGUAGCUGAAACCAAGGAAGAAGUAACUACUAACAAGACUGAAACCAAAAAGACCGAGGAAGUCAAGAAGACCGAAGUAGUCAAAAAGGAAUCUACUCCUGUAGCUUCUACUGGUUCUGUAUCUGCCAGGGAAUCGACUCCUAUCUCCACUGCUUCUUCUGUAGCUAAGGAACAGGAAGAUGAUGUUGACGAAGAAGUCGUUAAGGACUUGUUUGGUGGUAAGGACCAUGUUUCCAUCAUCUUCAUGGGCCACGUUGAUGCUGGUAAGUCUACAAUGGGAGGUAAUAUCUUGUACUUGACUGGUUCUGUCGACAAGAGAACUGUGGAAAAGUACGAAAGAGAGGCCAAAGAUGCCGGUAGACAGGGUUGGUACUUGUCGUGGGUGAUGGAUACCAACAAGGAAGAAAGAAACGACGGUAAGACCAUUGAAGUUGGUAAAGCCUACUUCGAAACAGAAAAGAGAAGAUACACCAUCUUGGAUGCACCAGGGCACAAGAUGUAUGUUUCCGAGAUGAUUGGUGGUGCUUCUCAAGCCGAUGUAGGAAUCUUGGUGAUUUCUGCCAGAAAGGGUGAAUAUGAAACUGGUUUUGAGAAGGGUGGUCAAACCAGAGAACACGCUCUUUUGGCUAAGACUCAAGGUGUAAACAAGAUCAUUGUCGUUGUAAACAAGAUGGAUGAUCCUACUGUAGGCUGGGCUGAAGAACGUUACAACGAAUGUAUCACCAAGUUGGGUGUGUUCUUAAAGGGUAUUGGUUAUGCCAAAGAAGACAUCGUGUUCAUGCCUGUUUCCGGAUACACUGGUGCAGGUUUGAAAGACAGAGUUAACCCCAAGGAUUGUCCUUGGUACACUGGACCAGCUUUGUUGGAGUACUUAGACAACAUGGAGACUGUCAACAGAAAGAUCAACGGUCCUUUCAUGUUGCCAAUUUCUGGAAAGAUGAAGGACAUGGGUACAGUAGUAGAAGGUAAGAUUGAGUCUGGUCAUAUAAAGAAGGGUGGCUCCUUAUUGUUGAUGCCUAAUAAGGUCAAUGUAGAAGUCUUGACAGUCUACAACGAAACAGAACAAGAGUGUGAAACAGCCUACAGUGGAGAACAGGUAAGAUUGAGAUUGAGAGGUGUCGAAGAAGAAGACUUGCAACCAGGUUAUGUAUUGACCUCACCCAAGAACCCAGUCAAGACUGUUACCAGGUUUGAGGCUCAGAUCGCCAUUGUCGAGUUGAAGUCUAUCUUAUCUAACGGUUUCUCGUGUGUAAUGCAUUUGCAUGCUGCCAUUGAAGAAGUUAAGUUCAUUCAGUUGAAGCACAAGUUGGAAAAGGGAACCAACAGAAAGUCCAAGAAGCCUCCAGCAUUUGCCAAGAAGGGAAUGAAGAUCAUUGCCGUGUUGGAAGUUGCUGAACCAGUCUGUGCCGAGACUUAUAAUGAUUACCAACAAUUAGGUAGAUUCACCUUGAGAGAUCAGGGUACUACCAUUGCCAUCGGUAAGAUCACCAAGUUGUUGUAGAAAGCUUCUACGUGUACAUAAGUGCAUAUUAUAUACGAUUGUAAGACUUUUUAUAAGUAUUAAAUGCAUUCCUAUUGUCAUCUAUUAGUAGUUACUAUUCUUUUUUAUACUAUGGUACAAUGAUUUCCCCUAGCACUAAAAUUCAUUGCUGGUUUCCUCAUCUAUUAAUGAUUCGAAUAUUUCAAUAAGAUUCUCUAAACCCUCAAGAAUGUUCUCGUCGUGACCCUGGCCAUGAACAAACUUGGCAUGGGCAAAGUCUAUCAUCUUCAACGUACUUAAUGGUGCUAGAAGCUCUCUUUCUCUUCCUUCAUCUUCGCUAUCCUCUUCAUCUGAAUCUUCACCAAGAAGAGGUUCAAAAAUGAGUGGAUCGGCCUGAUAAUACGAGUCGUCGUCAAGAACCUUACCAUCUCUGUCUAGCCACCUAGUCAAAUCGUUUUCGUAUAUAAACAAGAGAGAACCUGAAAACACCCUGAUUUCAUAGUCUAGCAAACAAUUAUAAAGCAAUUGCAAUCGCUUAAGAGUAGAUUCCAAAAGUCUCUGGAGAAUCUUUUUACCGUGUGGCUCAAUGGUAUGGAGGUGGUGGUUGAAAAAUAGAAGUAGCCCUUGUUUUAUGUUCCUCUUGUCAAGCGAUCUGCCGAAGAACUUGUUGAACUCAAGAUAAUUGGAAUUAUCGCUAUCAUGAGAGAUGACAUUUACUGAAGUCAGGUUCAUAUUGGGAUACAAUUCUGUAGUUGGUUUCUUUUCUGAAUUUCCACAAUAAACCUUCAUUCCACAUAUUCUGAAGCUUAGAGAGCCUGUUGUUGUUGAUUCGCUGACUUUCUGUAGUCUGGCAAUCUUUUCUGGUGCUGUGACAGAAUCGUCCGUAAGUUUCGAUCCAAGCUUGAUAUCCAAGAUACUUGGAUAGGUGAAGCCAUGGUAUAAAUUCUGAAGCACAAUGUACUCUUUGUCUGUAUCAUUUGUAGUGAGUUCACUAACUGAUUUUUGAAUCACUAGUGGAUCCAGAGGGUUUAAGAAGCCUCCCUUGACAUUUUCGCUAGUGGUUUCGGCAUGUCCUUGUAUGAUCGCAUUCUGAUUGCUUUCAUGAAGCUUCCCCAUAUAUACGGGGAGCCAAUCAACAAGUUUAGAACCUACUGGCUUUUCUUCUAAAUCGGCGCCGUCAGCAGCAUCGUUAUUGUAGGUAUCGGAGUAGAAGUCUAAUUCUUGUUGAGAAGUGGGUUUCACAAAGAGAGAGCCCUCCUGAAGAGUCAUUGAACCAGCAUGGCCUGCUGCUUGGUGUAAUGAUGGAGUGAGUCCAGAACUGUAAGGAGGACUAGAAUGAUUUACGCUAG